AAAAAUAUAAAAAGUCUAAAACUAGACAGGGGUAGCGUGGUCUGCCAAAGGAGUAGCGACUGGAACCGACAGAUGAUGAAGAGGAAGGACCAAUGAUGUGAAGGCCCAGAUCCAUCAGAGUAUCAAUGCUCUUCCUCUCUCUCCUCCCCUCUCACUGCAGACAUGAAACACUGGCUGACUAACAUCCUGAUUCUGACUCUCUGGCUAGAUUGUAAAGGAGAAGACAGAGUGAUCCAGCCAACAAGAUAUGUUAUUACUACUGAAGGAGAAACGGUUACUCUUGACUGUACAUUUGAGACCAGUGACACAUAUCCCUAUUUGUUCUGGUACAAACAAGAAGAAAAUGAUUUCCCAAAGUACAUGCUGAAGCGUUACUCAAACACAAAAGAUAAUGCUCCAGAGUUCCACAUAGAAAGAUUUGAUGCUACAAUCAACCAGACAUCAGUUCCUCUGAAGAUCAAGAAGCUUCAGUUGUCUGACUCUGCUGUGUACUACAUGAUGAAGAGGAAGAACCAAUGGUAUGAAGGCCCAGAUCCAUCAGAGUAUCAAUGCUCUUCCUCUCUCUCCUCCCCUCUCACUGCAGACAUGAAACACCGGCUGACUAACAUCCUGAUUCGGACUCUCUGGCUAGAGUGUAAAGGAGAAGACAGUGUGACCCAGCCAACAGGAGAGGUCAUUACUACUGAAGGAGAGACAGUUACUCUUGACUUUAUAUUUGAGACCAGUGCCACAUAUCCAACUUUGUUCUGGUACAAACAAGAAUCAAUAAUAAGUGCUGCUGUGAAGAGAACAAUUCUCAGACUGAAUGUUGAACAUCAGCUAGUUUCUCCUGUUGAUUUAUACCUUGUUGUAGAGAUGGAACAUUGGCUGUGGAUUAUUCUUGCUGCUCUUUUCUUUGAGUGUAAAGCAGAAGACAGAGUGAACCAGCCAACAGGAGAUGUCAUUACUACUGAAGGAGAGACAGUUACUAUUGGCUGUACAUUUGAGACCAGUAUCUCAAAUCCCACUUUGUACUGGUACAUACAAAAAGAAAAGGAUUACCCAAAGAUGCUGUUGCAACGUUUCUCUGUAAAAACUGAUAAUUCUAAAGAGCAAGAGAGAGUUGAUGCUGCAAUCAACAAGACAUCAGUUCCUCUGAAGAUCCAAAAGCUUCAGCUGUCUGACUCUGCGGUGUACUACUGUGCUCUG